CUUUGUUUCCGUACUCCUUCCUUUCUUUCUUUCACACAAGAUUCCAACUCCCAAUAUCAUUUCCUACUGCAAAUUAUACCCAUAUCUGUAUCAAAAUCAGUCAUAUCUGACAAUUCUGUCCACUGUAUAUUCUCUCUCGAAUGUGAAGACGUUAAUACGUCCAGCUGCUUAACAAUUAUCAUGUCCUUCUCGAGGCUUCUUUUUGCUUCACUCGUUGCCUUUUGUCUCGCAACAUUUGCUUCUGGGGCUACUCGUUUACCCGACGAUGAAGUUGAAGCUCUGCGUGACAUGGCAAAGACAAUAGGCAAGACAAAUUGGAAUUUCAGUGCUGAUCCUUGUGGUGGUCAAUGGGGUUGGGUUGAUCCAAAUCCGGUGAAAGGGAAUGAAAACGCCGUAUCCUGCGACUGCACCUUCUCAAAUGGCACCAUCUGCCAUGUCAUUAGCAUAGUUCUGAAGACCCAGAAUCUUGAAGGCAGUCUUCCACGGGAUUUGGGCAGGUUCCCUUACCUCCAAGAAAUUGACUUGUCACGUAACUACCUCAACGGUACCAUCCCUGCAGAAUGGGGAGCCACGCCACUAGCUACCAUUUCUAUUAUAGGAAAUCGAUUAACCGGCCCAAUCCCAAAAGAAAUUGGAAACAUCAGCACUCUUGCAAACUUCACUGUCGAGUUUAAUCAGCUUUCAGGAGUUCUGCCACCAGAGCUUGGAAAUUUGACUCGCUUAGAAAAAAUGCAUCUAUCCUCUAACAACUUUACUGGGCAGCUGCCAACAACAUUUGAAAAUCUUACCACAAUGAAGGAUUUCCGAAUUGGUGAUAACAGCUUCACAGGUCAGAUACCGAAUCUUAUUCAGAAAUGGACAAACCUGGAGAAACUAGUGAUACAAGGUAGUGGUCUAAGCGGGCCGAUUCCAUCAGGCAUUGCUCUUCUGGAAAAGAUGGUUGAUCUGAGAAUCAGUGAUCUGCAGGGAAAUGGAACUGAAGCCCCAUUUCCACCAUUAACUAAUAUGAAAAAACUAAAGACACUGAUACUGAGGAGUUGCAAUAUUAUUGGACCACUACCUGACUUUGUUGGAGAAUUGCUCAAAUUGACAACCUUAGACCUCAGCUUUAACAAACUUAUUGGAGAAAUUCCAAGCAACUUUAGUGGUCUAAGAAAAGUUGAUUACAUAUAUUUAACGGGGAAUCAGCUAAAUGGAACCGUACCGGACUGGAUAAUUAAGGAUGGAGAAUCUGUUGAUCUUUCCUACAACAAUUUCAGAAAUGAAAGCUCAUGUCUACAGCGCACAGUAAACUUAUUUGGCAGCGCUUCAAUGGGCAACGUCUCCGGAAGUACUGUUCCAUGCUUAAGAAGCUUUCAUUGUCCAAAACAAUUCUAUUCCCUCCACAUAAAUUGUGGAGGAAAAGAAGCAAAUAUUGAAGGGAACAUAUAUGAAGAUGAUACAGAUCCAGCCGGAUCAUCAAGAUUCUACCAGAGUAGAACUAACUGGGGAGUUAGUACCACUGGUCACUUCAUGGACGAUGCCCGUUCCUCAGAUUCCUACACAUGGACGAAUGCAACCAAACUCUCCGCAAAUACAUCAUCACUUUACAUGGAUGCACGCCUUUCUCCAAUCUCUCUGACUUAUUAUGGUUUCUGUAUGGGAAGUGGGAGCUACACAGUUACCCUUCACUUCGCAGAGAUAAUGUUUACUGAUGACAAGACACACAGCAGCCUUGGCAGGCGAUUUUUUGAUAUCUAUAUCCAGGGAAAGCUUGUACAAAAGGAUUUCAGUAUCCAGGAAGAAGCAGGCGGUGUUGGUAAGGCAAUUAUAAAAAAUUUUACUGCCAUUGUAACUGGAAAUGCAUUGGAGAUACGCUUUUAUUGGGCUGGAAAAGGGACAACUGCGGUGCCUGUUAGAGGAGUUUAUGGACCUCUCAUAUCGGCUAUUUCUGUGACACCUGAUUUUGUACCUCCUUCAGAAAAUAGCAGUAGUAAUGGUACAUCUGCUGGCACUGUGGCUGGCAUUGUGGCUGCAGUAGUGGUUGUCAUCUUCCUGAUUCUAGGAAUUCUCUGGUGGAAAGGUUGUUUAGGACAGAAGAUCAGUAUGCGUCAUGAUUUGAAGGGCCUAGAAUUAAAAACAGGUUCAUUUACAUUGAGGCAAAUUAAAGCUGCUACAAACAACUUCGAUCCUGCUAAUAAAAUUGGAGAAGGUGGUUUUGGUCCUGUUUACAAGGGUGUUCUAUCAGAUGGAACCGUAAUUGCUGUAAAGCAGCUUUCCUCCAAAUCAAAACAAGGAAACCGUGAGUUUGUGAAUGAGAUUGGCAUGAUUUCUGCUCUGCAACACCCUCAUCUUGUAAAGCUUCACGGAUGCUGCAUUGAAGGCAAUCAAUUAUUGUUGGUGUAUGAGUACAUGGAAAAUAACAGCCUUGCUCGUGCUUUGUUUGGUCGUGAAGAAUACCAGCUGAAUUUGGAUUGGGCAACAAGGCACAAGAUUUGUGUUGGUAUAGCAAAAGGUUUAGCUUAUCUUCAUGAAGAAUCAAGAUUGAAGAUCGUGCAUAGAGACAUCAAGGCCACCAAUGUGUUGCUUGAUAAGAAUCUAGACCCAAAGAUAUCUGACUUUGGGCUAGCCAAACUUGAUGAAGAGGAAAACACCCACAUAAGCACCCGAGUUGCCGGAACCCUCGGGUAUAUGGCUCCUGAAUAUGCAAUGCGGGGUUAUUUGACUGACAAAGCAGAUGUCUACAGUUUCGGAAUCGUUGCCUUGGAAAUUGUCAGUGGGAAGAGCAAUACUAGUCAUCGAACAAAGGAGGACACUGUUUAUCUUCUUGAUUGGGCAUUGGUUUUGAAGGAGAAAGGGACUUUGCUGGAGCUUGUUGAUCCAAAACUAGGCCAAGACUACAACAAAGAAGAGGCGAUAACAAUGAUUAAUGUGGCUCUCCUCUGCAGUAAUGUCUCUGCAGCAGUUAGGCCGGCGAUGUCUUCAGUAGUAAGCAUGCUCGAAGGAAAGGCUGUUGUUCAAGAUAUUGACAUUCCAGAUGAAAGCAUGUCAACGGAUGAGAAGAAGAUUGAACAAAUGAGGAGGCAUUUUCAAGAUAUCAACGAACAGGAAAUAAGUGAGACUCGUACUCUGUCAAUGGAUGGACCGUGGACUGCUGCUUCUACAUCUGCUGGCGAUCUUUAUCCAGUCUCUUUGGAUUCUGACUAUUUGAAGGGUAGAGAGUAGAGAAGUUUGCUCCAAUGUGCUUCAUCAACUGUCCAUCCAUCAUCAUCUUAUUACUUUUGUUUUUAAGCAUAUUUCUUUGCCUUGUUAUCAUCAUUUCUGUUCAUACUUAAACUUAUUUGAGGGCUAAUUACGUACGUUAGUAGCAUGUUAUAACUUUUUCAAAACUUCCAAUCAAAAUUUUCCUUCCACUUUCUGUAAGUUACACAAUAAUUUGAUUACAUGUCCUUCAACCUUAAUC